GUCUCAUCUCAUCUCAUCCCUCGUCCAACCACGUCUCUCUCCCCGCUUCGACGACGGGACAUUAUUUCGCCCUUUUUCACCGGGGGAAAAAAACGGACUUUUUUUCCCCCCACUCCUCCCACGGGUCUACGUCUCUAAACAGCCCUGACACGUUGGAAAGGAAGAUGGAGCGUGUUGGGAAGAAUGCAAUAGUGCUACUUAUGCUGAUGUCUUCUCUGCUGGACUGCCAAGUGUGUGUGAGAGCAAGUCUCGAAGUGAACGACACUCGUCAGCACCAACCUGCUAAUGUGUACGACGACAUAGGACUCACCAGGAACAAGAUAGUCACAGCACAGUUUGAGUGCUACCAAAAGAUAAUGAAGGACAAUCCUCCCGACAGACAAGAGCCCAUGUGUCAUCGCACUUGGGAUGGCUGGUUGUGUUGGGAUGACACCAAGGCAGGCGUCAACUCCGAGCAGCACUGCCCAGACUACUUUCAGGAUUUUGAUCCUUCAGAGAUGGUGACAAAGAUCUGCACUGACAGUGGUCAAUGGUUCUUGCAUCCUGAGAGCAACCGGACGUGGACCAACUACACCCGCUGCAACGAACACACCAGUGAAGGCAGAGUGACUGCUAUGAAUCUUUUCUACCUAGCUCUUAUUGGACACGGACUGUCCCUGACCUCGCUGUUCGUCUCACUCGGAAUAUUCUUCCAUUUCAAGAGUUUGAGUUGUCAGAGGAUCACACUUCACAAAAACCUCUUCUUUUCUUUUGUCCUCAACUCUGUGAUUACCAUCGUUUGGUUGACCGCAGUUGCCAACAAUCAAGAACUCGUGCAGAGGAAUCCAACAAGCUGCAAGGUGUCACAAUUCAUUCAUCUCUACCUGUUUGGUUGCAACUACUUCUGGAUGUUGUGUGAGGGAAUUUACCUCCACACUCUUAUCGUGGUGGCCGUGUUUGCUGAGAAGCAACACCUGAUGUGGUAUUAUCUUCUUGGCUGGGGCUUCCCUCUUAUUCCUGCUUCCAUCCAUGCAAUCGCGAGGAGUUACUACUACAAUGACAACUGUUGGAUUAGCUCCAAAACAUCGUUACUCUACAUCAUCCACGGCCCCAUCUGUGCCGCGCUGCUGGUGAACUUGUUCUUCCUGCUCAACAUCGUGAGAGUGCUCAUCACCAAGCUGAAGGUGACCCACCAGGCCGAGUCCAGCCUCUACAUGAAGGCCGUGAGAGCCACGCUCAUCCUGGUGCCGCUUCUGGGCAUCCAGUACGUCCUGCUUCCCUACAAGCCCGAGGGACGCGUUUCCUCCGAAAUAUACGACUACAUCAUGCACAUACUGAUGCACUACCAGGGUCUGCUUGUGGCCACCAUCUUCUGCUUUUUCAACGGAGAGGUCCAAGCAGUUUUGCGGAGGCACUGGAACCAGUACAACCUCCAGUUUGGCAACAGCGUAGGAAACCACUCGGAUGCCCUGCGCUCAGCCUCCUACACGGCUUCCUCCAUCACCGAGGUCCAAGGCUGCUACAGCAUCGACGGCCACUCGGAACACAUGAACGGCAAAGGCUGCCAUGACACCGACACCUCCAUCUUCAAGUCGGAAAACCCCUUCGACUGACCCGUGUUCUGUGCUCGACCUUCGACAGGUUUGACACCAAUAGCGCCGACCGCGGGGGACUGGGCUUUUUCUUACCAAGUUUAUCGAGUCUGCUCCGAAGGAAAAAAAAAGACUGUAUACUCGCCACUCUAUCUCACUGACAGAGGUCCUUUUUCAUGGUCCUGGUAAAUGUUUUUCCACUUGCAGAAAGCCUUUGCUCUAAGUACAUUUCCGCUGGUUAGUGCCAAACUGACACAUUGUUACCUUUUCUCAUUCAGUAUUCCAUUCUUCCAUACGUUACACAGACCAUAGGAUGUUUUGUAUAAAAAAAUAUUCACGUUAUAGCAUAUGUCUAUUAUCCGUAUUAAUUUAUCCUGUGUUAUUCUUAAAAUUAAUAUCACUGUACAACUGUAUUUUUCGGACUAUAAGCCGCUACUUUUUUUCUUACGGCUUAUAAAGCGGUGUGGCUAAUUUAUGGAUUUUUCUUCGCGAUGGGCUGCUACGGAGCCUCUAAAGGGACA